AUCAACAAUAUGGAAUAUAAAAACCAAACAAAUAUUUCAGAAUUCCUUCUCCUGGGACUGACAGAAGAUCUGGGACUGCAAUCCCUCCUCUUUACCCUGUUUCUGUCCAUAUAUCUGAUCACUGUCUUUGGAAACCUACUUAUUGUCCUGGCUGUUGGGUCUGACCCCCACCUCCACACUCCCAUGUACUUCUUUCUUUCCAAUCUCUCCUUCACUGACAUCUGUUUCAGCACAACCACGAUCCCAAAGAUGCUGCUGAACCUCCAAACACAGAAUCGUAGCAUCACUUACCCAGGUUGCCUCACUCAGGUCUGUUUUGUCCUAGUUUUUGCUGCUCUGGAAAAUUUUUUUCUUGCAGCAAUGGCCUAUGACCGCUACGUGGCCAUUUGCCACCCACUGAGGUACCAAAUCAUCAUGAACCCCCGCCUUUGUGGCCUGCUGACUCUACUCUCACUGUUCAUUAGCAGUUUGGACGCCCUUCUUCAUAGUCUGAUGGUGUUGCGCCUGUCUUUCUGCGCACACCCUGAAAUCCCCUACUUCUUCUGUGAAGUCAUUCAGGUCAUCAGGACUGCCUGUUCUGAUACCCUCGUCAACAACAUCUGCAUAUAUUUUGCAGCCAGCCUACUGGCUGGCAUUCCUCUCUCUGGGAUCAUUUUCUCUUAUACUCAGAUUGUCUCCUCCAUUUUGAAAAUGCCAUCAAUGAGUGGGAAGUAUAAAGUUUUUUCCACCUGUGGGUCUCAUCUCUCAGUCGUUUUCUUAUUUUAUGGGACAGCCUUUGGUGCAUAUAUUAGUGCAGGAAUUAUACACUCCUCCAGAAAGACUGCAGUUGUUUCAAUGAUGUACACUAUGGUCACUCCCAUGAUGAAUCCUUUCAUCUAUAGCUUAAGAAACAGGGAUAUGAAAAAAGCCUUAAGAAAAAUUGUCAGGAGCAUAUGUACUAUUCAGUGA